AUGUUCUUUCCACGCAUCACCAGGCCUCUCGGCCAGCUUUUCACUGGUACUCUGGUAUCCAUGAUGGUCCGAGAUACUACUCCAACUCCGGCAGGUUUCAACAACCUCCCAGCUCCUGCCAGUACCAAUGCGGUAGUUCGGGGGAAGAAGAGGUCCAUUGAGACAUGCCACGAGGAAGCACCACCGAAGAAGAGAGUGUGUGGCGAAUUCAGGAACGGGGAGUGCUCGCCCAGCACCUUCACUUGGCCGAUGCGGCCAUUUGUUUCGGUCGCUGUGGGUUCGAAAAAGAAAAGACGCAUGGACACGGAGCACGACGACGAGCCAGCCAACAAGAAGAGGUUGUGCAGAGGAGGAUGGACUGUCUGCGUUGUCCCUGUUGCUCUCGGUCCUAGUGGCCGUACACCUCCACCAUCUGCCGAAAAUCCUACCACCAGCGCUGGUUCUCCAGCCUCUACCAUACCCGAUCUAAUCUUAGAUACGUCGGCCAUCGAGAAGCAGGUGUCAGACAUCUCAGGUGAGCAUCUGACAACUACAUUGCCCGAAUCAUUAUCUAAAUCCAGCGAAGGUCCCAUUGCAGACACUCCUGACACCAAGGAGGGACCGGAAGCCCACACUGCUGGGCAAGAUGGACAUGAGAACCCGGAGUGUAUUGGGGCGGAGGUCAACUUAGACCCCUCUGCGUGUUUUCUAGCCGAUCUAGCAGGCUUUAUGUAUCCUCCCCCUCCUCCUCUUCCUCCUCCUCUUCCUCCUCCUCUUCCUCCUCCUCUUCCUCCUCCUCUUCCUCCUCCUCUUCCUCCUCCUCCUCCUCCUCCUCCUCUUCCACCUCCCCCUCCUCCUCCUCCCCCUCCUCCUCCUCCCCCUCCUCCUCCUCCCCCUCCUCCCCCUCCUCCCCCUCCUCAUUCUGCGGGCUUCGGUGGCCUCGAUCUCUCCGUUGUAGCUGCCAUUCAGAACUCGAUGUUGCCUAAUAAUGGCCAAGAUCAAUUCACUCACGCUCACUAUGGGUACCCGCAAUACCAAGUCCCUGGCUUUGGUAUGCUGGACCCUACCACUAUCCGACCAGACUACCCAUCCAGUCAGACAGGACUAUCAGGGUACACAGCCAGUCAGACUACGAAUUUUUAUCACCACAACACCCCAACCUCGAGAGGCGAUGUUGCAGCAGGUCCGGCAGAAAAUGCAUACGACCCGAAAAUUGACCCCUCCUUCCAGAACGGUUUCUCCUCCUAUGGGUACUCACCCCGUAGCGACCAGGCCAAUGCGCCAUCCGACCCAGGGAACGAUGAAGACGAUGGAGAAGAAUACGACCCGUCCCAGUGGAGCCCCGGCCCUGAUGUUCCAAUGGCCAACACAGGAGUCACGGCUGAACCUGCGGAUCCAAAUGCCGACCCAGCGUUAUCCAACUCCUCGCUCUCUAGCCCAGCACAAAACCUUCCAUACGAUAAUACUGCCGUAUCUGGAAGUGGCUCUCCCUCUGUGAUCCCCUCUCUCGCUCCUCAAGCUGGGCAUGCCACUCUUCUCCAAGCUACAUCGUCAUCACCCCUUUUCCAAGCACAAACAAUUCGACCACAGUUACCUUCGCCCAAUCAAACCCCACAGGGAUUUGCACCGGAAGUCGCUAAUCGAACUCCCGACUCUUGCCCUAUGGACAAUUCUGUCACUCAGCAGAUCGAUGCUGAUCCUUGCGGCUUGGGCCUGAGCAGCCCUGCCGUUCUGCAAGAGCCAGCCGUGAAGAAAGCCCUCAAGAGCUGCUUUCGGGACCGAUCGAGGACCUCCGAAAAGACCACCAAGUUUGCUUGCAUCGUCUACGACAAUGAAUGGGAGCACUCGACGGAGGAGGCAAAGAAGGUCAGAAGAGUGGCGAGGGAGAAGAAAGAGAAGGAGAGAAAGCUUGCAGGCUGGAAAGCCGGCGGCAAACGGCUUGCUGCGAGAGAGAAAGCGUGGGCCAAGAACAACAACAUGUCGUUCGGCGACUUGACCAUCGAAGGAGCCAGCAUGGAGAACUGGCAAUCUCGUGAAGGGCCUCCAAUUGAGAUCGAUCACGACGGUGUAGCGAAGCACUGGUGGCUCUACGCAUUCGAGCUACACCGUACGCACAGAUCCGAGGUAUUCGCUAUGAACAACAGCUACCGACAUACCAAAUUCCAGCCGGGCGAGAAGAAAGCCGAAGACGAGCUCCUCCACGGUGUCGACGCAGUCGCGAGAGCCCUUGCCUUCAAAACGGAGUUGAACACUAAGGCUAACGAGGUCGUCAACCUGGCCACCUUUUCAUCAUCCUCUUUGGGCGCCCCCCGCGAAGACCUCGUACGCAGACCCACAACCCACCUUUCGCUCGCGAUCUUGAUCCCUCCCGUCUCUAAGUCUAUCCCCAAGGAGUAUCCGGCCUGCAAAAAAGUCGAAGUCGCCCUCCCAUUAGAGCCCAAGGCCCAAAUCUCUCUGGAGAUGCUGACCCUGACCCUGGCUCUGGCCCUGGCCAAAAGUCCACGACGCUUCCAUCGACGGGGUCCCAUCUCGCGACGAAGACGUCUCCCGUGGAUACGCAUCAAAGUCCCAGAGCCAGCACGACUAAAUACAUACGACGAGGUAACUCGCACCCUCUCGAACCCGCGCCGGACGAAAGGGAGAGUUUUCGAGCCUGAGGCUCCGAGAAGCCUUCGCUGCUACGGAAAUCCCAUGCCCGAUUUGGUGACGUGCCCGGUAUCUCGGUGGAAGGAAGCUGGAAGCGCCGAUUGUGACCCCUCGGUAUGA